GAAAAUGUUUAUAUUUGAUCCAACAAUGUCUUUAAACCACCCAGCAUUUUUAGAGUGUAAAUAUGGUCCAUUAAAUUACAACCCAACAGGCUGGGUUUGUCCCUUUUUGACCCAACGCUGGUUUGAAAAUAACCCAGCAAUUUUUAAAAUGUACAAACAAAGAAUAAGAGGGUGCUCAAGGGUAAUAUUGGCAUGCUACUGUACUUUUGAAAUUAUCUUAUUUUAUUACUUUUAUUUCAGUUACAUAUAUACAAGUAAUUUGCAUGAUGUUCACAGUAAUUGAGCAUUAAAAAAAAUAAGUUAAACUAUAAAAAGUAAGUCUUAUGUUAUUACAUGACAAACAGCCCCAGAAGGCAUACUGAGGGUUUGUCUCGUGGGUUUCGUGACCGGGUUUCUUUUUUGCCUUCCAAGGGUCAACAAGUGUUUUAUAACCAAGCUACAAAAAUUCUCAGGAAUUUAGGACUUCCUCCAGCGAAGUGUGGUUUGAGUUACUUAUUAUUUAUUUCCAGUCUGAUCCAAACACACAGCUCUGCCGCUUCAUGGUUUUCCUGUUUAUGUGGACAGUGUGUACCAUGGCAACAGCCAAAAAUCCAUCUGUCUUCUACAGUCAUGUGUACUUGCAUUUGUUUCUGCUUUAUUUAUUUUUUUUCAGUAAUAAGUGAUAUCAGUGAUAUUAUUAAGUUUUGAGGGAAUACUUGUGGUUUGGCUGUUCCAUCUGGUGCCUUUUUUAUGGGACAGAGUGGGGUCAAUUGGAGGUGGAGCUGAUAAACAUUGAUAAAUGCUACCUUUAUCUUUCUAAAUUUAAUGCAUACAUUUGUAUUGUAUGGUGUUUAUUUCUGUAAAAUAGAUAUGUAGGCAAUUAAAAUCUAUAAAAGGUUUUAUUAGGACAGUAUAAUGUAUUGAUGACCUCUUACACUUUAAAGAUUUUAUUUUUUCAAAUACUUUGCUAUGAUUAUUUAGUAAUAUAUUAUUGUCAGCACUGCUAUAUGUCUAUUUAUGAAGCUUUUGGCCCUGAACAGUAAGAGUUUAUGUGCUGAGGUUCAAAUAUUAGCACAUGGUCUCUUACUUGUAGGGAAAAGAGUCUCUAUCAUCAACCUCUUGUUAUUUUUGAGUGCCUGGAUUAAAUUGAUGUAUUUACUUGGAAGAUUAAUUUUGAUGAAUUAUGUUUGCAUGAAUCUUACUUGGGCAAACAUAUGAUCUUAAAGAAGAGACCCAUAAAAAAUGAAACAUUUAAGGAUUCACAUCUAAACUAAGCAAGAACUAAAUGUUUAAUAAAAAUAAUUUGAAAUAAUGAAACAAAAUCUAUUGUCUUCACAUGCCGAAAUUUUAUUGAAUCAUUUAUAUUUACAAAGAUUUCACUUUUCAUUAUUUUAUCAAAAAUCUAGUCUAUUCUGCAGUUACAUUCUCUUUCCUCCAGAGGGCGACAUAUGACUGGUAAAUAUUGACUAAAAAAGGUCCAUAUUCUGUUGCUAGUCUCUGCAGUGCAAAAUAAAAUUAUACGAGACAACCUUGUUAAUUAAAUAUUUGUUAAUUAUUCAACUGAGUACACCGGGACACCUGCCCUACUAUCACAGAUGGCACUGCAACCAAUAAAAAAACAUGUGUUUUAUCAAAUGCAUAACAUAUUCUGUCACUUAUUUAAAAUCUUACUUUCAUUAAAUUUGCUUCUGUCUGUUCCACAGGAAUGUUUUUGGAAAAGGAGCCUUUAUUGGCAUCCAGUAUUAGAAUGAAUCACUUGGCCAUCAAGAAACCUUCUGUAUCAUCAAGAGUUCAAAGAGGAAGGUAAAAAACAUCGUCCACGAGAGGGUAAACAUCCAGACCUGCAGCGGUACAAACCUGGUUCUAGUCAGCCACGUAGACACAAGGACAGCAUUGAAGAAGACACACACGGUGCUUGUUCAGACCCUAUGCACACGUUUGGAGACUGCAGUUCUGAAACUGACAUCAAACGUCCUGACAGCUCACCUACAAGUACUGGGUGCUCUUACAUCCCUGUUGUAGAUAACACAGACUCAGCGAGUGAAAGUCAGCUGAAAACAAAAAAUCCUAAUACUAAAGAAUACCCAAGUGGUAAAAAUCAUCAGCUUACAGACGAAAAUGCUGUUAAAAGCACAGAUGCACCCAGAUCACCCAAGCAGUCACGCAAGAUGCGCAAACCCGACCGUGAGAUAUAUCAGCCAGGUGGUCGAAGAUCUCAAAGCAACAAAGAAACUGGGUCAAGCAAAGAACAAGAAGCGGUCGCAAAAGAGGAGAGAACGAGGAAAGAAUCCGUGAAAUCUUUAGAAAAAGAUGAUGAUAAGAAUUUACCGGUGGAGGAGGGGAGGGACAAAGAGGAAAAGAGAAGAAACAGACGAGGGAAAGAUGGCAAGAAGAAGCAAGAUCCAGGAAAACAGAUUAAAGGAACUGUAGACUCCCCUUCUGCAGAAAAAACUGAACCUGAUGUCGAGAACAUUGCUGGGAAAGUCAGAAAUCUUAGCAUCCAGGCUGGGGUCGAAUCUGAGGAAAGCAAAGAAGGAGGAGGCCGGGAUGGUGCGAACAUGAGGAGAAAAUCUGGUGGGGAAGGACGACGAGAGCAAGCAAGUGGAGGUGAUGGAGGAGUGACGGAGGAUAAAAGAAAGGAGAGAGGAAAUGGGAAAUCCAGAGCUGGAAAUGAGAAGGGUAACAACCAUGCAAGGAAAGAUAAAGGCGAGGGAAGAGGCUCUGAGACAGCUCUGCCUGACCAGAAAGUAGAUGGACGACAACAGCGUAAUACUGGAGGAAGGGACGGGAAUCGUGACCAAAAUGUGAAUCACGAUAAACAAAAAGGCAACAAACCAAAAGAUAAUAGAGGGGAGAGAGGGAAAAGAUCUGAAGGGACUGAUUCCAACCGAGGUAACUCGGCUUCAAAGCGCUAUUCUCAGUCCGAUAUCCGAAGACCACGCAAUCGCACCUGUAGCACAAGUUCUGCCAGUAGUGGGACUAGUAUGGACGGGUUUGUUGAAGCUGAGAUACUGCGGGGAGAUGGCCAACAGUCAACUGCACGGACUGUGGAGAGGACAGUUGGACAGAGAGAGUUUGUCCACGGAAGUCAUAUGCGCCCGAGGAGACGGACAGCUCGAACUUUGUCCUCCACAGACUCGCUGGAGGAAAAUGAAUGUUGGGAGAGAGAAGAUAGAAGGGAUGUUGAAGACAGCCGGAGCACAAACAGACGUCUGGCAGGCGGCAGUAGAGGUCAAAGAUCAGUUGCCGCUUGUGGACGAGGAGGAAUCUUGAAGGUUACUUUAGACAAGCCUGCAUGCACAUCAUCAGGUGCCAACGAACAGCAAGUGAGCAAAAAAGCUCAAAACCCUAGAGGUCGGGGCAGGGGCAUCCUGAUACUUCCUGCCCACACUGAUCUAAAAAUGACCUCUGAGCCUAGGCCUCAAGUUAGCGGCAUGAGAGGUGGAAUGAGCCUUGGCAGAGGAAGAGGGGGCCGUGGUGGAGGGACGAGACGACUGUGGGACCCAAAUAACCCAGAUAAGAAACCAGCGUUGCAGUCGAGCCAACAAUCCCAGCAUGCUUCUGUCCAGCAGGCGUUGUACUUACAACAGGGUGGAUGUGGGCCCUUGCAUUUCCUAGACACCGACGAUGAAACUGCAGGAAGUCCUCCGGUUCGUCAGGGGGAGUAUUUCCAAAAUCAUCAAGCUGCUGCGAUGGCUUACUACAAAUUUCAGAAUUCGGACAACCCCUACUGCUAUCCUUUACCAGCGACUUCACCAAACACCCCACAGCGCUAUCCGUACCCAUAUAAUUUUCCUUACCAAAUGCCUGCCGCUAAUGGGAUGUAUCCAGCCACUGCUAUGCCACCUUUUUAUGGACCCUAUGGGCAGGGUGGGCAAGGUUAUCCUUCUUCAGGUGGGUCUGCGCUCACUCCAGAAGAGGCAGAGGUUCAGGCCAGAGGAGAGAUGGGAAAGUUGCUGCGGUUGACUGACAGUCAGGAGCUACAACUGAGUAACCUGCUGUCCCGGGAUAGGCUGAGUCCAGAGGGGCUGGAGAGGAUGGCCCAACUCAGGGCUGAGCUCCUGACAUUAUACGAGCGCGUGAUUUUAACAGACAUAGAGUUCUCAGACUCUCAAAACGUGGACCAGGCGCUUUGGAAACAUGUGUUUUACCAGGUUAUAGAGAGGUUCAGGCAGUUACUGAAGGACCAGUCAUCAGACACAGCCCCACAUAUCAAAACCAUGUUAAUGACCAUACUGGAAGAGGGGGCGGUGUUCUUCGAUUCACUACUGCAGAAAUUGCAGACUGCGUUUCAGUUCAAGCUGGAGGAUUACAUGGACUGCAUGGCAAUACGAGCGAGACCCUUACGCAAGACGGUCAAGUAUGCUCUGAUCAGCGCUCAACGCUGUAUGAUCUGUCAGGGAGAUAUUGCGAGAUAUCGUGAACAGGCCAGUGAGUCUGCUAACUAUGGGAAGGCACGCAGUUGGUAUCUGAAAGCUCAACAAAUUGCUCCAAAAAAUGGUCGACCAUACAACCAGCUCGCCCUGCUUGCAGUUUACACGAAGCGAAAGCUGGAUGCUGUAUACUAUUACAUGCGCAGCCUAGCGGCGAGUAACCCGAUCCUUACAGCCAAAGAGAGUCUGAUGAGUCUGUUUGAGGAAGCCAAACGCAAGACUGACCAGAUUGAACGUAGACAGAAGCAGGAUUCAGAUGGUGGUACCCGCGGUACACAAGGUCAUCCAGGUGGGCGUCGAGGUGAGGACACUGCCCGUGUUGAGAUUUGGAUACGGCCGAGCGGGCAACCAGGAACAUCUCGUACAGGAGGCAGCGAAUCGGGCAAAGACUCUGAGCAUGAUGGAGAGUUGGGCACUUUAAGUGCUAGUGAUCUCAACAAGAGGUUUAUUUUGAGUUUCUUGCACGCUCAUGGAAAGCUCUUCACUAAAGUAGGGAUGGAGAGUUUUCCUGCUGUAGCCAGUAAAGUGUUGCAGGAGUUUCGGGCCCUCCUCCAGCAUAGCCCUUCACCCCUCGGCAGCACACGUAUGCUGCAGAUUGUCACCAUCAACAUGUUCACCAUCCAUAAUGCUCAGAUCAGAGCUCAAGGGCAAGGUGAAGCUCGGUCCGUAUUGGAGGAGCAAACCACAUCUCUAGGUUUGGCUAUGUUUGGUCUCCUAGUCCAACGUUGCACUGAGCUCUUGAAAGAAACGCCUGCCGAGCCUAUCCCAGCAGAAGAACUGGGCGAAUUUGACGAGAUGGACGAUGAAGGGAUGGUACGCGUCUCCGCAUUCCCGUCUGACCUCAGAGAGCUGCUGCCCAGCAUUAAAGUCUGGUCUGAUUGGAUGCUCGGUCACCCGGAUCAGUGGAACCCUCCACCAUGUAGCAUGCAGGGGAGUCCAGACGUGUGGCAGUGCCUCGCAGACCUCUGCAACUCUCUGGCACGCGUGUACGACGGCGAGGCUCCGUUGUAUAAAGCUGACGCAGAUGGGGAAGGAGACGAGGAGCUCAGAGUCCUGCAGCUGGAGGAGGACAAAAUGCUGGCUGGUUUUGUCCCGCUGCUCGCCGCCCCACAGGACCCCUGCUAUAUAGACAAAGGGAUAGAUACGGCCAUAGCAGCUGACUGUAAGAGGGUGACCGUACUGAAGUACUUCCUGGAGGCUCUGUGCGGGCAGGAAGAGCCGCUGCUGGCAUUCAAGGGUGGAAAGUAUAUUUCCAUGGCAACGCCCUCGACAUCCAAAGAAAGCACAGAGAAUAAAACCCAGACACAAGAACUGGAGGAUGAUGUCAUUGUGGAGGAAUCUUCUCUCUCAGCAUCUGAGGGAGAGAUAGAUGGAGACGGAAGUGAAGAUGAUAUCAAAGAGCUGAGGGCGCGCCGUCAUGCUCUCGCACACGAGCUGGCACAACAACAAAAACGCAGAGACAAGAUUCAGGCGGUUUUGCAGACUGGUGGGCAGCUGGAGAUCGAGAUCAGGCCUUUUUAUUUGGUGCCCGACACUAACGGCUUUAUCGAUCACCUUGACGGCCUGAGGAAGCUGCUGGCCUGUGGGAUGUACAUCCUGGUCGUGCCUCUUAUAGUGAUCACCGAGUUGGACGGCCUGGCUAAAGGGCAGGACAGUCGUGAGGGAAACGGUAAUGACGCCCACAUCAGGCAAGUGCAGGAGAGGGCCAGGGCGGCAGUGAUGUUUUUGGAGAAAGCAUUUGAGUCUAGAGAUCCCUCUAUCAGAGCCCUCACCAGCAGAGGAAACACAUUGGAGUCCAUCGCCCUCCGCAGCGAAGACACAUCUGGACAGAAGGGUAACAAUGAUGAUGUCAUCCUGUCCUGCUGUCUGCAUUACUGUCAGGACAAAGCCAAGGACUUCAUGCCUGCUGAGAGAAACGGUCCAGUGAGGUUACACAGAGAGGUGGUCCUGCUCACGGACGACCGUAACCUGCGAGUCAAAGCUCUCACGCGCAACGUUCCGGUACGGGACAUCCCCGCGUUCCUGAGCUGGGCUAAAGUGGGCUGAACCGCAGAAGGGAUUUACAGCUGUACACACCAGUCGUCCUCCACGGCAAGUUCGGAGGAAGUGAUGUCAGAACGGGAGGAUGAAUAUAAAUGGAAAAUUAACACAAGCUGUUUGUCAGGUUGUCAGAAAGAGCGAGACAUCAAGCCACUUAAUAAGAAACAUGCAUUUUUUGCCCUUAAAAAUGCAGCGUGCUAAGAUGGCAGCUUGCUUCUGAGAGAAAAAGAGAGAGAGAGAGAGAAAAGGAUGGAGGGGUUUGAAACGGAUUAGCUGAUUUAGGGUGUUGGUUUAAGCGCAGAGAGAUACGAAUGCACGCAUCUCAUUGGGUGUAAGUGUGAGAGUAACCAGCGUCAGCUGUUUAGCGUGUCGGCUUGUAGUGUUUGCGUGUAAUCGCGAGUGGCCGGUUGUGCUGCGGAUGAAUUCAUUCCGGUUCAAGAUCUCUCUCUAUGCAAGUAGGGACCUUAAUCUGUUCUUAAACAGCCUGUAAUGAGGCGAGAGCUCCAGUAGGGGGCAGUUUGAUGGGAUCAGGGUGAUGAUGAGCGAUUACGCUCGAUCUGAUCUUGAUCUAUGGCCUGGGUGGCAUGUGUGCAAUGUGUUUUUUUUAUUGCAUUGUUUCAUCGCCUCAGCGCAUGCUUUGUUUGCUUCAAGCAGGAUUGUUUUAAUCUUCUUUGGUUUUUACUUGUGUGUUUGUUUCGUGUUUCGAUUCGGCUAAUUUAAAGUUCUUAUGUGCAUUUCUCAAUGUUUUAGUUUCUAAUGUUCAACAUCUUUUUUUUUUUACCUGGCCAGAAGAUUGGACACUGUAUCAUUGAUCAUACAUCGUUUUCAAACUAAUAUAUAAAGUAAAAACUGAACUGGUUAUGUACGAAAAGAUUCAAUUGUCACAAUGCUUCCUUUGUAUUAAUCACAAAAUGUGUCUGUACACGGACAAUAAAAUCACCUGGUGGCUUUAAUUGCGAUUUAUUUUAACAAAUUAUUUGUUUGAGCUCUGUGAUUGGUUGGGACAUCUUUCCAUUACAGCUGUCAUAUUGGUUGAUGAAAUCAAAUGUUUUUUCAUUUUCAUUGAUAUUAAAAAUGUUAAUUGCUUGAUCACAAGCAGCGUAGUGACAAUUUGUGGGUCAUUCACCUUUGUUAAUUAUUAUUGCUGCCCUGCAUUAAUAAGUGCUUCAUCUCAGUUUUUUCUGUGUUUUUGCAUAGUUAAAUAUUACGGGACCUACAUUUUUUCGGUUUAGUAAUCCAUUGUAGUGUGCAUGUAAAUUACAAAUUUAUUUUGAAGCAGCAUCUUAAGUACACGUUGAUAUGUCUCAUUGUAAUGAGGGAUUUGUUUUUAAUGUUUGAUAUGUUUUCAUGUUUGGUCUGUAGAUGUUGCUGUUUUUCAUUUAUGACAAAUACAAUAUCACAUACAAUGUUUUAAGAAUUUUAACCCCAGUCACUGAAAAGCAAUAAAUUCAUAUUUAGA